GUUUCCUGGUCAGUCCGUCCGAUGUUGGAGACGGAGUCACGACUCUGUGGAUAAUCUCCUCGAGCUGUACUUCUAAAUACAUAUGAAGGCGUUAACAGGGCUGCUGCUGUUGGUCUUUGGUCGCGUUGUGUCCUCAGUGCUUCACUCUCUGCAUUAUUCCUACACGGGGUCGUCUGGACUCCCAACCGUCCCAGAGUUUGUUGCUGUUGGGAUGGUGGAUGGAGUUCAGUUUUACUACUAUGACAGCAACACCCAGAGAACAGUCCUCAAACAGGACUGGAUGGAGCAGGUCAUCAGAGAUCACCCCGACUACCUGGAGAGGAGCAUUGGACUCUCUCUGGGUUCCCAGCAGAGCUUCAAAACCAACAUUGGGAUUCUGAUGAAGCGCUUUAACCAGACAGGAGGUGCCCACGUAUAUCAGGAGAUGUAUGGUUGUGAGUGGGAUGAUGAGGAUGGUAUUACUGAUGGUUACGACCAUCAUGGUUAUGAUGGAGAGGACUUCCUAUCGUUGAACCUGAAGACCCUGACCUGGGUUGCUCCAGUACGUCAGGCUAUCACCACCAAACGGACAUGGGAUCAAUAUAGAGGUUAUAAUGAACAGCAGAAGAACUACUACACCAAGGAGUGUGUUGAUUGGCUGAAGAAGUACCUGGUCUAUGGGAGGAGGACUCUGCAGAGAACAGAGCGUCCGCGGGUGUCUCUGCUCCAGAGGAGCCCCUCCUCCCCAGUGGUGUGCCAUGCUACAGGCUUCUACCCUGACAGGGUGGUGGUGUUCUGGAGGAGAGACGGCCAGGAGCUCCAUGAGCAGGUGGACCCCGGGGAGGUCCUCCCCAACCACGACGGGACCUUCCAGGUCAGCGUGGACCUCAACCUCAAGGCCGUCCCACAGGAGGACUGGGGGAGGUACGAGUGUGUGGUCCAGCUGAAAGGCAUCAAGGACAUCUCCACCCCCCUGGACCCCGCCCUCAUCAGGACCAACUGGGGCAAGAGUGGCCUCACCAUCCCCAUCAUCAUUGGGUCUCUUGUUCUCCUCCUCGCUGCUGCUGCUGCUGUUGUUGGAGUCCUUCUGUACAAGAAGCGGAACGCUUCAGACCAGCGACACAAACCAGUUGGUUCUGACACCAGCUCUGAGAACACUGAGGGGCAGAAUCCGCUCCUGAGGCCCAACCUCUGGUUAAAGUUAAAUCAUGAAGAGGCUUCUCACAUUCCUCUUCCUAAAGCAGGGUGGAGUGGAUCGCUGUCAUCUAUAAUCAUCACAAUCUGUUUGGGGACUUCAGCUAACUAAGGAUGUUAUAUUUGCUUAAUUACAUUAACAUUUAUACUUUUUUUUGAUAAAAAACAUAAAUCCGUAAGAAGUGUAAAUCAAUUAGAUCUCUGUAUUUGUGAUCGAUUAACUCAAUGGAUUAAUCCUGCAAUCUUUCACUGACCCUUGGAAACCAUGGCAACGUGACCCCGCCAUGAUAGCCAUUUUGUUUUGGGUCUAACUGCCU